AUGGGGGACGUCCUCAAACUAAAGCGGGCUGCUCGUUGCCACACGUUGGCUAAGAUUGAGAACUUGAUCAAGCAAACCCCAAAUCAGCAUGUUGAAUCCCGUGACCUGAAGGCAGCUGGUAUCCGCCAACUUCACUUGUCCCUUCAAGGGGAUACCCAACAUCAUGCACGCUUCUUCAAGCCAUACCAAGAAAAACUACCUCUUCCGCGGAAGGAGGAGGAGGACAAGCUGCUAGAAUUCGAGCCUGACCCAGAUCACAUCAUGUGGGAUACUCGCGAUUUGAAGCUCUUUCUCACCCACCACUUCUAUGGGAGCUUGAGAUAUGCAUGGCGGGAGUACCCACAUAACCCUCCGCCCUCUGGGGAAUAUCGAGAAAUUGGAGAUUACAAAUUUGGCCAACUGCUGGAGUGUGUAGAUUUCAACUGGUAUGCUGUGUCAGUAACCGAUUAUCCGAAGGGAACCUAUCCACACUUCAAGGUUAUCGUGGAAAGUGAAGUGAAUGGGGAUGAUCGACUGCUUCGCGGAGAAAUCAUGAUCAUCACCGAUAUCAUGACCGCUCGCCUAAAGACCGAUGUGCUAAAUCAGCAUAUUGUUGCCCCGAUACUGGUACUGUCUCUCAUGGGUCCUCGUCAUGCUCGCGUCCUGGAGGCUGAUCUUGACGGAGAGAUUCUUAACGUACGCGCUUCCAAGCUGUAUGAUUUCACGCAAAAGAACAGUGAUGCUGUGCAAUUGCUGACGCGGUAUUGGCUUGGUGAUGCAUGCGGGCAGACUAUGAUGAAAACUUAG